GCGCACAGGGAGAGUGGGAGGGUUUCCGCGCGACCGACGACCUGGGAUUGACAGCUCCUUCACUCCCGGUGUAGCCGUUACCUCCGUGGCUGUACUACCGGCUGUUUGAAUGGUUUAGCGGCGGAGAGCAAAGCUGAACUGGCAUGCGAGUCUUAUAAAACUCGCUUCGCUUAAAAAAUAAGAAGAGGAGCCAGAGUGCCCGGGGUUGAAACAAGGUGAGAGGCUGAGUGAGUGAGCAAGGGAGCGAGUGAGAGAAGGAACGAGAGAGCGAGGCCAUGGAGCAGCAGAGACAGAGGACUCUCUCCACAUCAGGAGAAUCGCUGUACGCUGUGCUGGGAGUCGACAAGAACGCCACGACAGAGGACAUCAAGAAAUGCUACAGGAAGCUGGCGUUGAAGUUUCACCCAGACAAGAACCCAGACAACCCAGAGGCAGCCGAAAAGUUUAAGGAAAUCAACAACGCCCACUCCAUACUGGCCGACUCCACCAAGAAGAACAUCUACGAUAAAUACGGCUCGCUGGGGCUCUACGUCGCAGAACAGUUUGGAGAGGAGAACGUCAACACCUACUUUGUUCUGUCCAGCUGGUGGGCGAAGGCCUUGUUCGUCUUCUGCUGCCUGGCCACGGGUUGUUAUUUCUGCUGUUGCCUGUGUUGCUGCUGUAACUGUUGCUGUGGUAAAUGUAAACCUCGACCGCCGAUGGACCAGGAGCCCGAGUUCUACGUCUCCCCCGAAGACCUGGAGGCCCAGAUGACCGCUGACGAGAGAGAUGGCGCCGAGCCCAUCGUGAUGCAGCCAUCCUCGGCCACAGAAACCACCCAGCUCACCUCCGAUGCCCACCAAAGCUACAGGACCGACGCAUACUAAACACACAGACACACGCACAACACGCACCCAUUCAGCUCACACCUGACAGUUAACCACAGCUACAGUUUCCACCACAAUCGCGAUACUGAUACGUACCGUACAAACACACACACACACACACACACACACACACACACACACACACACACACACACACACACACACACACACACACACACACAAGUAACAUUUUCUUGUCAGUUCAUCCACAGCAGUAAUUAUUAACACCACACAUACACACACACCAGCAAACAACACAUACCAUCAGUCCUGACAGUUAGCAUGGGCUCACCAGCUCAGCCCAGACUUUCCCCUCUCUACAUUUCAAAUUGAGGUGGAAAGAGGGGAGAAGAAGGGGGGGGGGAAUAAACACUGAACAACUCUUAACACUGGUUAGAAAAGAAUGAAAACCAACGUGAGUGAUCCUUUGUUCCUCCGAGGCACACAACACACACCGAGUUCAGCCCAAUUUUCUUAUGCAGCGUAACAUCCACCUUAAGAGUGACAGAUGAGCUCACUGUUAGGCUCACGUUAGAGGACCGUCAACUAAAAUAUCAAAUAUGCUUGAUAACAAUCAUGAUGUCCCAAACUCAAUCAGGAGCACGGACCCCGAGUUAAAGAGGGAUGCACCAACUUGACUUGCCAAAAAGUAGAGACUAAUUUACUAAAUAUUUACAAGCUGGUUUUACCUGGAAGAGGUAUACGCUCAUUUUUAUUUAUUUUUUUCUCAUUUCAAUAAUCAUGAAGAAAAAGCAUGAAAUCACUAAACCUUAGCACAAAAACAAAGCGGUAAAUUAAAAGCCUUACAAAUUCUGCUGUCACGUCUGUUUGGAAACUGAUGUCUGGAGUCUGAGGAGCAGGCAACAUGGAAAGUAAAUACUGAGAAUCGUAGUAUUCGAAGAUGAAUGAAUGAAUUCUGAAUGAAUUUUAACAGUACUGCUUUUGUCAUGCGAGUCAAAUUGUACAGUUGACGAAGGCACUACUUAUAUUUACUUUUCUUUAGUUUGUAAUUGUGAGCACCAACGCAGUCCUGAGGAAGACUGCCGUCGAAAUGUUUAAGAGGUGGAUGUUUUGGCUCUGUCGUUGCAUAAAUCUAAAUCUUAAGAAAGCCAUAGUGUGCACUGUACUUUCCAGUGUUUUUUGUAGCCGUGAAGCCCACUUUAUUCUUUCCGCAUCAGUAUCGCAUCAGUUUCGCCAACUGCCCGUUUUUGACACGUCAUUCAACGUUUUGUUUUUAAACACGGAAAUGAAUACCUAGAAUGUUAAAUCCUUGCGUCUACAACAUAAACGUUUCUGGAUGGUGUUAAUUAGUCACUCAGAAACCUAACUGUCCGGCACAUGAGAAAAAAAGCUUGCUGGGAAACACCUUUUGAGGCUUCGCUCCCUCUCUGCUCCAGGUAGGAGCUAGAGGUAGGUUUUCUGCGAGGAGCUGAUAGGACUGGGUGGGGGUUGAAGUGUUUGUAUUUGUCCUCAGCAGCCUCUUGAACUUCACCCCGUAGUCUGUCAUGAGUCUUCCCACUCAAAUGUGGUUCAGCAAGUUCAGUGUGUUUCCAUUCUGAAGUAAGCGUAAGUUUACUGUGGCAAAAGGGGGACCUUUACAAACCCUCAAGCUGUCACAAGAAUCCGGGAUUCCUGGAGAUUUGAACUAAUCGUGGUUGACAGAUGUGGCAUGCAGCCACCUUUAGCAUGUCAGCGGGCGAGGUUUCAGCUGAGAAAGUCAUCAGUCUUCAGAUUAUAAGGAAACACUAGAAACUCUGCAGCUGCCGGGACUGAAUCGCAACCCUCUUUUGCACCUGUGACCAUGACUAAACAGAUAGCUGAAAAUUAACACCAGCCUGCAGACAAGUAAUGCGGCUAAGUGUUUACUGUGACCGGCGUGUUUUUCUAUUCCGUCGCAGAACAUGCUGGGACCAUGGAAAGUCUUUUAGUCAUCAGUUACUCUUAUUAUUUAUUGACAAAGUAUUCACAUUGCUUCAGUCUCUCAGUAGUAGCAGUAAUUAGUCACAUUACUUGUCAUCAACAGUCCUCCACUGUGGAUUUACUGCGAUCCUCCUCCUCUCUCUAACCUCCUCUCUCCUCUCCUCCUCCACUUCUUUCUCCCUCAUUGUUCAACUCGAUCCACCUUUUCUUCCACAUGUGAAGGACUGAGCUCCCUGGUUCACACUGAAGAGUCAUAGAGUCCCGUGUUACUAGUAGAGACAUUACGAGUACAUUACCAUACAUUAGUGACCGCUUGCUGUAACCCAGAAGGACGUACAUAUACAUACACACUAUAUACACUGAUGGAGCCCCGUUUUUGUUUGUUCUUAGUUUUCAGUUUGUUUUGUGAGAAAGUAAAGAUGCUGUACAUGUCGCGUAAACUGUAUGUUUAGAUUUCACUGUAUUUCUUUGAGUUGGUCGGAAAUUUGAACACUUGGGGUUUUUUUCUUCUUCCAUUUGUCUCUGUAGAUUUGCUUUUCACUGUUUUUGUUUUUCUUAUUUAUGUUGUUAAUGAAGGGAGGAUAUUGAUAUCCAAGUCUUACUUGUUUGUGUGGCAGAAGGUUUGUAGAUUAUACUAAUUAGUAAGGGUGUAAUUUUCCAGAAUAACAUUUUUUUUUUGUAGUUCUUCUUUUUUCGUCACACAUGAGUAGCACUCUAGCUCUGCUGUAGAAAAAACAGGAACCUUGUCGUUGUUUGUGUCAACUUUUGUAAAAAACGAAAAAACAAAACAAAAACAAAAAAACACCUACAUCCAACCAAAACAGGCUAAUGUGCUGACUAUAUUUUAUUUGAUUGCUCAAUCAAACACGCACUCAUUAUGUAUUCAUACAUAUCAUGAGAAAGUGCAAUAAGAGCUAAACAAGCCUCUUCCAUGGCUGUCCUCCAGUUCCAGACUCCCAGUCGCAAUUUUCAAAGGUUUCAGGGAAUCUGCAGGUUCAUAAAAAGUCUUUCUCUUUUUUUAAAGUCAGUUUGAAGCCACAAAAAGAAUGAGAUGUAGCUAAAUCAAGUAAUUAGAUGUCUUCACCAUCAGAUCCCUCAAAUUCUUUGUUACAUCAGUACAAAUCAGAGUUAACACAACCUACAACACGCCGGCUCCAGUAAACGCAUCUGAACAAUCAGAUCAGGUUAACUGAUUUUUAUUCCUUGUUUAGGUUUUUCAGUUACUUCUUAAGUUUUCCUUCUAAAUUUCAAUAUAUAUUUCCAGUCCAAUUUUGGAUUAAAAAGAUCUUUUUAAGGGUUUUUAUUAAACCUGCAGAUGCUCUGUUUUAACCAAAUUUAUCUUCACUUGAUUAAUUUUUGUGCUUCAUGUCAUGUGAUCACUGACCACUGAAAUGCCACAUUGUUAAACCCAAAUCCCUAAUCCCUAAUUUCGUUCUCCCAUUUUUUCCUUUAUUGACCAAACCUGCAUCAGUGUCUGAGUGAAUGCAAUGUGUAGGCUGAAAUUCAUAAACCUGGAGUCAAGAAACUUCCAUUGUUAGAACAGUGACAUAAAUAACAAGAACUGAUGUGUGAAUAUAGCAACCAGAUGAUGAUAACAUCAAAGCGUUAUUUUAUUUAUUUUAUUUUUCAUAUCUUUUUAAUCAAUAAUUAACAGCUAGCAGGUAUGUCAAGGGGAUGUAUAGGAUUUUAGAUUUCAACCAUUUUGACAAUGACAAAAUGGCAGACCUGCUGUAUAUACACUCAGUGGCACAGUACAUAGAGACAUAGAGGUUUUGUGUUUUUAGCAUGGACUAAUAAUGUUUGCAUCUGUCAGGCAGACGUAUGGGUAAAUUAAGUAUCUGAUGUACUGUUGUAAAAUAAAUGUUUCUGAUGCUUCAGAGCCUCUUUUCUCAUUGUGAGUUUAUUUGAUUAAAAGUUGAAAGGCUUG